AUGGUUCAAAGCGGUGAUCGAGCAUACACAGCGUUAAAACUUGAUCCCCACUCCUUCGUCAUUGCUCGUGAAAACGUGACAUUCUUCACCAGACUUGGCUCGAUUGGGGGUGGUGACUUCGGCAUGGUAUGGAAAGGAGACCUCCGCUCAAAACAAAACCAUCUCGACGUUGCUAUCAGGCAAAUACCAGAUCGCGUCACAAAUUCAUCACAAGUACUUCAAGCGAUUGAGGUUCUUUACAAGCUAUCGGAUCAACCAAAUAUUGCCAAAUGUCUCGGAUAUUGUAAAGAACAAGGUAGUAUCCUGUAUGAGUUUAUCUCAGGGGGUACACUACUUACCCAUCUACAUACUUCAGGGGUGCAAUCUCAACCUACAUACAGCAAUCUCAAACCAAACGGUGUUCGUAUUCAAGAGGAUACCCUACUUAACUUGGCUUGGUAGGUUGCUAAAGGAAUGCAGUUCCUUGCUUCUAAGAAGAUCAUCCAUGGUGCUCUCUGCGCUCACAAUGUGUUACUAGGAGAAAGAAAGCAAUGCAAGAUAUCAGACUAUGGACUUUCUCCAUCACUCUUUGGUGACGUAGCUAAACCUAAAAGAUGGAGUUCACCAGAAACCAUGACAACGGGUGAUCAAACAACAGAAGGAGACAUCUGGUCAUUUGGUAUCGUAUUGUGGGAAAUUGUCACACUAGGUGCAAGGCCAUACCCUAAUAUGACCUUUACCACUGUCCAGACGGAGGUUGCUAAUGGUUACCAGAUGCCACGCCCUCGUCACUGUGCACAAGAAGUAUAUGCGAUUAUGACUGGGUGCUGGGAGAAGAACCCUACAAAUAGGACCAACUUUGACCUGAUCCUGAAGGAUUUGGAAAGGGUUCUAGAAAAGACUCAUAGUUACCUGUCUCUAAAUGACUUGGAUGAACGGGUGUAUGCGUCUGCUAUUGAUAUGUGAAUUUCACUUAAAGCAUCGAGGAAGAAUGACA